GGAAGCUUGAGUGUUUUGCGCUAAGCCUUUGACGCAGGUAAAAAAGUGAGUAGGCGUUCGUCCAAACAGGAAGGCGCCGAGAAAAACAAUCGAGCGAUAUAAUUGUUGUUUAUUUGUGACCGAGUUCCAGUAAACAAACGGGAGUAUUCUACAAACUACUUUUUAUCGCUUCCGGAGGAGUUUUGGAGGCUCUCGGUUGAACUCCGUGGCUGCAGCCCACAGUGGUGUUGGUGGGCUGACGCACACUCGAGAGGCGGGGGCGCUGUCACUGGGCUAAACUAAGCUAAGUUAGCUAGCUAGCUGUGUGUACGCUAAGCUAACAUACAUCCCAAUGAAACCUCAAUCGUUCUAUGGAGUCUAAAAAAACUCUCCGCCCAAUGUAAUGUUUGAAUAACCGACGUGGAAUACACCAGGAGGACAUUCUGGUAAAAAUUCAGUUAGCAUAGCAGCUAGUUAGCUCUCGUUAGCGCUUGUCAACACAUUGUGGAGACGCGCAGAGGAAAACAAGUCGCUCGACACGCUCACACUAAAGUGUAAAAAAACAACAACACCGAACGUGCAUUAGUUUUCGACUAAACGCGUAGAGUACUUUUUAUUGACGCUUUAAAUUUUCAUUUUUUUAAGUUAACUUGUAAUUUGGUUGUUAGAAUGGGGGCUGCAGAGCCCGGCAGCGGCGCCCUGGAGCCGUUACAUAACAGCCGCAAGUCCGCCGACAAGCUGCCUCUCUGACAGCUGCAAACACACACACACACACACACACACACACACACACACAGAAGAGCGGACACAAGAAGAAGAAGAAGACAAAAAUCAACAUGGAGGAGCUGUGAGACUGCUGGUGUACAUGGAUAACAUUUUCACCAAGAUGGAUUCCAACCCUCUCAUCAACGCCAUGGACCCGUCCAUCACGCUCUGGCAGUUCUUGCUCCACCUGCUGGACGACCAGCGUCAGCGUCACCUGAUCUCGUGGACGGGCGAGGAUGGCGAGUUCAAACUGCUGGACGCGGAAGAAGUGGCUCGCUUGUGGGGACUCCGCAAGAACAAACACAACAUGAACUACGACAAACUCAGCCGCGCGCUGCGUUACUAUUACGAUAAGAACAUCAUCAAGAAGGUGAGCGGACAAAAGUUUGUGUACAAGUUUGUCAGCCAGCCUGACCCCUCCUUGCCUGACGGGACACGUACCCCUGAAGAGGGCCAAAGGAGGGACAACGGUGACGCCAAUGGCCAAUCAAAAGGUCUCGGGGGCGGGACAUCCAACUGUCAGUCAAAGAGCAUAGCUCAGAAGUCGUCGCCCAGCAGCUCGCAAAAAAGUUCUCGUAACGACUACAUGAAGUCUGGCCUGUACUCCACCUUCACCAUCCAAUCGCUGCAGGCCGUGCCGAAUUCUCGACCCGUCAAAGCAGAACUGAUGUUUGACCCUUCAUCCAAGAUGGAUCGCGCUCCCAGAGAAGGUUCAUCGCCGUCAAUAGGUGGCGCUAUUGAUGCUUCUCGCCAAGUGAUCGUCACUCAUCCUUCACCGUGCCCCACACCUGUUGGAAGCCAACCUCAGACAGCCAACACUCCCAGCCAAUCACAGAAUCCCCCUGUCCCCACACUAAGUGACCCUCCCCACAUAUACCUCACCAGUGUUCGGGACCCAUCCUCCCUCACCCCGCUGAUCCCGCUGGGUCCCGUCGGGGGCUCCGUGAACCCUGCACAGCCGCCACACUCCGCCGCCAGCACACACACGCCACAACCAGAAGACAACGGCGGAGCGGGCAAUGUCGCCGGUUUCCCUCACCCGCCACCCGUCUUCGUCAUCAUUAACCCCCCUCCCUCGCAGCAGCAGCCUGCUAUGGUGCCCACACCGCCCUCUGCCACGCCAUCUCUUUCACGGCCUCCCCCGCCCCCCAUCGUCAUCAAGGAGGAGACUUUGCCAUCCGAGGAGGAUCUUCUGGAGAUAGGGAGCCUGGAGGAGAAACAGGUGGAGGAGGUUCCUCAGCUCAUUUGCGGCACGGGUGAACCACAGCCUCAGCUUGCCAUCAUAGAAGCCACGCCCCCUCCGGGCAUUGACGUCGUGGUUGGAGAUCAGCAUUCAGGAGGGGAGGAAAAGGACACGCUAACGGACCCGUCUGUGUCUGUGGUGACAUCAUCAUCAGCGGUGGCGGCGGCGGCGACCUCAACCUCAGACGUCGUCCCCCCAAAACUAAAGAAGCCACGAGGCUUGGAGCUGCCAUCAUCCCCCUCCCUGCCUCCCGGCCUCUCCCUGGACAAGGUCAACGCCGCUGUCAACAGUUUGCUGGCUCCCGGAUCGGCCACCAAUACGCUGACUCCCAGCGUCAUAACCUCACACGCUUUGACUCCCGUCCUAUUGACUCCCAGUCCGCUUCCUUCCACCAUCCACUUCUGGAGCACGCUCAGUCCCAUCGCUCCUCGCUCGCCCGCCAAGCUCUCCUUCCAGUUCCCGACAAACGGCAGUAACCAGAUGCACAUCCCGGCGCUGAGUGUGGAUGGUCUCUCCACCCCCGUGGUGCUGUCCCCCGGACCCCAGAAACCCUGAACCUCCUGCUUCCUGGCCUCUUGUUUACGUCGCACGGAGGAGGAUUGUCAACCAUGCUAAAAUCCCAAGAUGGCUGCGGCUUCACAGUCAUGGUGAAGAACGCUCCCUGUUUUGGAGGACCUAAAGCAAGACUUGCAAGGAGAUAAAGGAAAAUAUUUUUACUGCCUCCUCGUUAUUUUUGAGGAAGAAAGGAAGUUGAACACUUUUUUGUGGGCUCUUUUCUGCUUAUUUAUUCCACUUCCUGCUUUCGGCGGACAUUUUUGACAAUAAUUUGCUCUUGUAAUGGUAUUGGACGCUGUCUUUUCCUGGAAGAUGAAUGCGCCCCUCAGACUUUUAAUUAUUUUUUUUCGUACAUUCCUAUGAAAUUGAAUUGUUUGCUUAACAAGGACCUGCCAGGACAUCCAUCCCUUCAUUCCGUUUAAGGAGCUUCGCUUCCACUACACGUUCUUCAGUUGAACUUGUUACGUGUACGUGCAGCGUGGACACGCCCACUUGCUUGAAACCUACUGUUGAUGGCUGUCCCUGAAUACACCACAACAGCAUAAACAUGCAGUGCGAUGAUGUUUUCAUGCUAGUAGAGCUCUGUGGUUUUCAUGGCAACCUGACACUGACUGUUGUUUAUGUGUUUGUACGCUUGUGUGUGUAUAUGACCAGGCUGAUUACCAACACACACACACAUGAAUAUUCAGUUUGACCGUGAGUCAGGCAGAAAUAUUUUUAUUUUAUUUUUUCAGGGGUGCAGUUAAUGGUCCCUUAACACCCCCCCGCAAGUGAUUGGUUAUCAAAAACCUAGAAAUUGCACACACGCUCAUUGGCACAGGAAGCACCUUCCAAAGAUAAGUGCGAAGUGCUCCCCAAAAUAUCUUACAGCGAGAGUCGCCUUGUGAAUGCAGCACUAAGCCAUUGUGUUCGACUGUUCUAUUUUUCUAGCAGAGAGCUGCUGCUUAUUUUGUCUAUAAAAAAAGAACAAAAAAAAAGCCUUAAAGACACUCUAAAGUCGUCUUUUGCAGUGGGCUUGGCCUACACAAAGCCAUUCGUCUUGGAACGUUUUCCUCUCACCAGCAGAACAGGAAGAAUGUUUUUAUACUGUUGGAUUAAGUCCAUCCGCCUAUGAGACCACAUGGUUUUUAGCCUAGAUGCUAGCAUGUUUGUGUCCACGUUUUCCUGUCACUUUCACAAUAAGAGCUUUUGUGUACAAAGUUGAAGUUAAUGAAAAUAUUGUGUAUGGAGAUGUUUCAUGCCCAGAGUCUCUUUGAUCCUGACCUUCUUCGCCUGCCAUUGGCUGAGGAGUUAUUGAUACAAAGGGGCGGGGCUUGACUAUUUUUAUUGUUGGUAUUUACUGGAAACAUAAAGAAGAUAUUUUUUAUUGAU